GCCAACAAACGGCUUCGUCGUCUCAACCCAGUCUCUUUCAAUUCCCAGCUCUGAGCUGCUCUGAGGCCGGCAUCGCGAUCUUGUACAAACAGUGCGCAGACUCCAUUGCACUAGAAACCCGUUACCACCCUCAAAGCGGCUUCGGCAUAGACCCAGAACUUACUCCCCUACAAUACCAUUCUUUAGCGGCAAACAACUUCAACAUGAAGCAAGAGCAACAGAUUUUCCUCGACCCGGCUAUCCGGAACUGGGUGUUGAUCCCUAUUAUGCUGGUCAUGGUCCUGGUCGGGGUGUUGAGGCAUUAUGCAACGCAGCUCAUGACUUCUGUACCAAAGGGGAACAUAAAACAAGUGCGAGAGAGCGCGGCGUUAAUGAGAGCGAGGAUGCUGCGAUCACCAUCCGGGUCUGUGUUGCCAUACCCUGCUUUCCAGUCGCGCGUGAAAUACCUCGCGGCGGCAUUCGAAAAGGGACUCUAUCUGAAAAACCCGAAUGCGGCAACGGGUCAAGCCCCGAAUCCAUUGUCUGACCCCGCUGGAAUGGAGUCGAUGAUGGAGAUGUUGAAAAAGAACAUGGUUAUGAUUGUACCGCAAACGUUGAUUAUGAGCUGGAUUACGUUCUUCUUCUCUGGAUUUAUUUUGAUCAAGCUGCCGUUCCCAUUGACCCUACGAUUCAAGGCUAUGCUGCAGCGUGGCAUCGAGACCGCUGACAUGGAUGUGACUUGGGUGUCUAGUCUCUCAUGGUACUUCCUGAACUUGUUCGGUUUGAACAGUAUCUUCAGGUUGAUUCUUGGCGAAGAGAACGCUGCCGGCGCCGACAUGAACUCAAUGCAAGCAAUGGGUGGGAUGAUGCCCGGUAUGGGCGCAUCCCAACCCAUGCAGCAAGCUUCUGAAGUUCUCAACAUGUUCAAGAACGAGAAGGAGCUUUUAGAGUUGGCGCAGUGGGACAAUGGGUUGAAGAACGUAGAAGUCCGUAUUCUAGAGAUUUACGGUGUGCGGCCGUCCGCACCAACGUCGGCGAAGGAGAAGAAACUAGCAUAGGGCGGAUUACUCACCUCAAAUCUUGUAACCGCAACAUUCGCCAUACAUACAGUGGUUCUCGCAAACCUGGGUUAUCCGCUCCGAAGACGAGUUCACAUCAUACCAUUAG